AUGGUCUGGGAGCCGGAACUGCUGCCUUUUAUCAGGAACUCGCUUCUCGAAUCCCCCUUACCAAGCAAGAAAGAAAUUCGUGCGUGCACAAAUAUUCUUUUUGACCGCCUAUAUAAGGUAGUCGCAAUGAAUGGCGGGAUUGUAGUAAAAUUCGGCCGUGGCGUCAAAGCUUACGAAGGCCAGGUUCUGAUAUUUCUCAAGCACCAUGGCCCCAUCAUUCCAGCGCCUCGACUGUACGCUAUGUAUAAGGACACCGAGACGCUUGUAACAUUCCUGGUCAUGAAGCCAAACUUCGUCGCAGGCAUGGUUGCGAAUUACCGCGCGCACAUUGAACAGAAUAGGCGGCCGGACUGCAAGGUUUGCUACUAUAAGGAAUAUCUCCUAAGCCUUCUCAAAGGGCAUCAGCUGAUGCUAACACAUAAAGAUGUCCAGUUGAAAAGCAUUAUGUUCUUUGUUGCGUCCUCUCCGAUCGUAUUCAUGUACUGGGAUAGUGACUCGUGUUUAAGAAUCCAGCAAUUCCUAGAGGUUCGGCCGGCGGAACAGGCUGUGAUGCGGAUAGUGGACAGGGAUGCUGGUCUGUGA